GCUCAAAGUGUCAGCUCCCAGGGUUGCCGCCCCGACCUCCGAGGCCUGGCGCGGACGCGCAGCCCUUCCCGCCCCGCUCCCCGGAAGCCCCGCCCAGGCCCGGGAGUUCCACGAACGCGGGCUCCCCAGAGCCCCCGGCAAGCUCCGCCUCUGCCAGGUCCUACUCCUCCGCCAGCCUCGGGGCCGGGAGACCCAGCCCCACCUCGACUCUCUUUGGAGGGACGGCCGAGGGCCGGCACCCGCUCUGCUCCUGUCUCCCUCUCCGCUCAGGGGUCCCUUUACCUGGCACUGCCGGGUUCCGAAGGUUAAAUUGUGAGGGGAGGUCCUGGCCCUCGGCCCCACCGCUGCCUCCCCCGAUCCCCGCCUCGCCGUCCAGCCCGUCGCCGGUGUGAGGUGUUUGGAAAAGCGAGUCCCUCUCUGCCCUUGCCGGCCCGAGGGUCGGUGUUUCCGGCGGCACCUGGGUCCAGUCAUCAGUCUUCCGGGGCCGGAACUCUUGAACCACAGACCGAGUUUCCCAGCCGGUGGGGUGAGGUGGAAGCGAGGACGAGACCGCGCUCACCACUGGGAAAAGGAAGAGGGCGGGCCCUGCGCGAGGCAUUUUGGGAACGCGUGGUAUUCUGGGAGCGCGGGACCCGCCAUUCGCUUGUCUCACGCUUCGCAGUCGGCAGAGUCGCGGCCGCACCGGGAAGGAGGAGGAGACCUCAGGCGAACUUGCAGUGGUUACUGUUUUGGACAGCUCAGGUCUACGUCCUACGUUCUCAAGAAUUCUCUUCCUGCCGAGAUGUCUAUUGGUGUGCCGAUUAAAGUCCUACAUGAGGCUGAGGGGCACAUUGUGACCUGUGAGACGAACACGGGAGAGGUGUACCGAGGGAAGCUCAUUGAAGCCGAGGACAACAUGAACUGCCAGAUGUCUAACAUCACAGUCACAUACAGAGACGGCCGAGUGGCGCAGCUGGAGCAGGUGUAUAUCCGUGGCAGCAAGAUCCGCUUUCUGAUUCUGCCUGACAUGCUGAAAAACGCACCCAUGUUAAAGAGCAUGAAAAAUAAAAACCAAGGCUCAGGAGCCGGUCGGGGAAAAGCUGCUAUUCUGAAGGCCCAAGUGGCUGCGAGAGGGAGAGGACGUGGAAUGGGCCGUGGAAACAUUUUCCAGAAGCGAAGAUAAAUUUAUCUGUUGGACAGAACUUUGCCCUCAUGUUUUCUUUAGGUUAUCUGGUUGUGAGGCAGGAAGGUGUGUGCUGGUGUAUAUGUCCUAGGUUAUUUGGCAUCUUUUUCUUUAGAUCAGGGGAAAUGCUACACUAAAUAAAUUUUUUUUUUUUCUUUUUGAGGAUACAAA